CUUGAGUGGUACAGUCUACAUCUAUGAUAGCCAUGGCGGAAGAACAGGGAUCUGACGGGCCGAAAUUAUCGGAGAUUUUUGAACGAGGGUGGAAAAUACAGAGGGAUGUGGAGAAAAGCGAUGAACCAACGGGAUCUCCAAACUUACAGGACCAGGUGAAAGCAGGGAUGGGGUUACUGGAACAGGCUGCACACAUGGUCAGAGAACUCCAACUCUUCAGCGAAAACGAAGAGCUACAAGAAGUGGCCACCUGUAAUGUCAGAUACCUGUUACUACCAGUGCUGAUGAGUGACCUGACAAUGAGACACAUGGGUGAAGACAGGCUAGCUCUGGUGCAGAAGUCUAAGGAUUAUCUCACUGAGUUUCUGAAGGUCUGCAAGUCUUAUGGUGUGACUUCAGAGGAGUACAAGUCUGUUGAGUCCAGCAGCAGUAAAGCCGGUCCCACAGACAUGGCGGCCAUGUCCAGGCAGAGGGAGGCCACCAUCGCUCGCUUCAGACAACAGAAGGAGACAGAACAGAAACUGGAGGCCAUGAGGGUUACCAUGGAAACAAGAGGAGAGGAUGACGAAGUACAGCGCGAGUACUACACAUUGCAGCUGGAGAAAUGGGUCCACACUGCCCUGAGAGAGCUGUCCAGUAUAGACCAGGAACUGGAGAUCUUACACAUGAUGGCCAGUAGAAAACAGGGAAAACAAGACUCACAACCACAAGAACAGAAGAAACCAGAGCCACACAGAAAGCCCCUGAAACCGUUCAUCCUGACCAGAGACAAGCUGCAGGCACAGGUGUUUGGUGCUGGCUAUCCCAGCAUCCCCACCAUGAGCAUGGACGAGUACCUACAGAAGGAAGUACAGGAGGGGAAAAUCCCAGCUGAGGCACUAAACAGAGUACCUGAGCCUGCAGAACCAGGCAGCUAUGACGUGCGGCGGGUUGUCCCUGACGAGGCAGCGGAGGCGGAGAGGAAACAGGAGGAGGAGGAGGAGAAGGAGGAGAGAGAUGACGAGGAGCGGCUCAGGAAGCAGCGAGAGUUUGACGACUUUAAGGAUGAUCACAGACGAGGUUGGGGAAACAGACAGAACAUGGGCUGAGGUUCACUCCCACUACUGGUGAACAGAAGAGGAGCAAAACUCAUACUACUCGUAUUACUUUUUACUCAUCAAUUCAACAAGAAUCCAUCAAUUCUGUACUCAUAUCUAUCCUAUCAAGGUGCACAAAAUGCCAUUGAAGUAUUGUCUUUGCCAAAUUUCAAUUCAUGGACAACAGUAAAACUAUCAUGAUGAUGUAAUUUGGGUGACUUAGUCACAAAUAAAACAAAUUACAGUGGUCACUUAUCGUUGUAUUUCCAUGCGCCUUUUU